AUGGGUACAGGAAAGAAGAAGAUAGAGAUAAAGAGAAAAGAAAAGGAAACCGACAGACUCGUCGCUUUCUCCAAGAGACGCCGAGGCCUUUUCAAGAAAGCCCAUCAACUCCACUCUCUCUCCGCCGCUCAUGUGGCCGUUCUCGUUUUCUCGCCCGCCGGAAAAAUUUAUAUCUACGGCGACCCUUGUUUCGCUGACACUAUCGACAAGUUCUUGUACAAUGCUACUAGUCCAAACCCUCUUCUAACUCAUACAAAUAGCAGCGCUGCUUGUGAUCAUGAUGCUGAUGAUGCGCGUGAAGAUUUUCAAGAGAUGGAAGCGCUUAAGGCGUGGUUGGAGACGUUGAAUGUUGAUACUUGCGAUGAUGUCAAUGAUCUUCUUUCGGUUAAGAAUGAUUUGCAGCAAAUUAGAGAUAGGUUGAUCCAAAGAAUGAGUGUUGUUGCUGAUUCUAACUAG